AUGGCUGAUACACACAACCGCGGAGGCCACCACCUACAGCCCCAUGACGAAAAUGAACUUUCAGUUUUAAGACCUGCCGCAACCAAAGUGGUGCUCAAUAAGAAGACGUUUUUUAGAGAAGUACAUGUCUCCGAUCAUCAGUAUGAACUGCAGACCCUCCACACAAAUACGGGCUCAUCCGUUGUGCCAACUGCUGCAACUACUACUCAAUUGAGUUUGCCAGUGAAUGGCUUAAGAGUUCCAAAACCUCUCCACCUCAAAGACUACGCUUCACCCCCCGCGCUUACGGGAAAAAAAAGGCCUCUGGACCCAAUUUCCACAUUCGGCACCGUAGAGGAAGGGCCGACUACAGAUCUUUUGCGGCCUUUUAUUCCGAUUACUGUCCGCAACGACAAGCUGCUUCCAGAUGGUGAGAGCCUUGACUUGUCGUCCCUCGCAAAUGAGUUGCCUACAAGUGUGGAUUUCCCUCCGUUCCUUCACUUAGAAGAGUACGAAAAGCCUUUGGACCGUGACGAUUACGAGGGCCUCUGUCUUGCCGCGCUACAGGACGAGUUUAUGCGGAUAGCAACCGGAGAGGGGCCCGUCUUUGAUAGACAGCUGGAAAUUGAAGAAAAGGAAGGCCAGCUUUCAUUCCUUGAGUAUCCCCUAUAUUAUUUGUUUGGAGUAGACAGAACAGGUUAUUUUGAGCUUAAAGAAGAGCGCGACAGAUUUCAAAGCUGUCCCUGGUCUAGGUUUGCAAACAUCAAAAAACAGAGUGAGACAACAAAUUCAGAAAGCGAGAGUGCCUUAACCUCCGCGUCAAUAGAAUCUUCGCUUGAGUUUCUAUCUUAG